UUGCAGCAGCUGUUUGUCGGCGUCACGUUGCAGAGUAGUGUGAUGAGCGUCCUUUAACGCGAAAUAUUUCUGACAAUUGUGGAUGUAUUAAUUAUAUUGUUAUCAUGGACGUAGAUUUGCUUAGACCAGGAACGGUGCCGAUUUCGCCGGAUACGAUAUUAUGGUUCGAAUUUUUAUUAAAUCCUUCUUUACUGCAGAAGCACCUGUCAAAACCCUUCCCAGAUCCAUCGGCAACAGAUUUGAUAAUUAAAUUUAUGACAAUAAAUUCUGAUCAAAGAGAUAUUGAGCCAAAAACAAUUGAGACCGAAUUAAAUGAUAUAAAAUCUAACGGUGCAGCCAAAUGGUGUCAUAAAAAUUUAGCAUUGAAGAUACUUUCCUUGAAAGUAGCAGCAUAUAUCAAAUGGGACUUGGAUAUAUUGGAAAAGAGGCUACCUCUGCCAAUACAGUUAACAUUGCUACAAGAUCUAUUUUAUAUUACUGCCGAUGUCACGGUAGAGAUACCUACAAUUCCAGAAAUCUUUAUAGAAACAGCUUCUGAUCAGGUUCUGUUUACAUUGGUAUUAUACCACAGAUGGCUUUUAAGAGCAAUUAUUUACAGGGCUCUCAGUAAUAAACAACCAAAACAACAAUUACUUCACAUACCAGGUACUCAAGAAUCGACAUAUGUACCUCCAAAUAUAGUGGAUGAUAUAAUUAGGAAAUUAGAAGCACACAUACCAAACAGUGUAAGUGUCCUAAAUGCUGUUUUACAAAUGUCAGAUAUAAAACCAAAGAUUCCUUCAUUUGAUACUUUUCAAAUGUUGACCGAAGAUAGUACAGAAGUUAAGCAAAAUUGGGAAAAUAUGUGCCUGAUAAACAUAGAUGAAUAUAAAUGUCAGAUACAUUACGAUCUCGCGAUGUUUCAUUUAUUAAGAGAAGAGUAUCAAGAUGCAAAACACCAUAUUGAACAAGCUAAAGAAUUGUACAAUAAUUUUAAUCCAGCAGAAAAAAUAGUGUAUUGUAAAGUGCAAAAAGAAUUUUUAGAUGGCUGUUGUUUAGCAUGCGAAGUAUCACUGGAAGAUAUUACACCCAGUCUUACACAGCGUUUGCAAUCCUCUAUUAAGGAUCAAUAUACUAAUAUAUUGCAGAUUUUGCAAGCAGAUAAUGUUUUCAGGGAGAUACCGCAAGUUUAUAGAGAUAAUUUGGAACUAGAUGUGCAAGGUGGGUUGGUUAACAGAAAAUUCGUAGUUGCCCGGGAUCUUCUGCUACAAAUACAGAGCUUAAAUCUGGUUAGGAAGAUCCUUGACAACAGCAUAAUAUUGGGUGAUUACAUAACGGAAAUUAAAGCAGCUGGCACAAAGGGUCUGGAUAUCUUAUUUUGGGCUUUAGAUAAUGUGCUGGAAAAAGCAACAGUUGUAGAUAAAAAACGAAUUUCCCGUUACCUUCUUUAUCUUAUAAACACUGCUGAUGUUGAAGGAUUUGCUUCAAAGAUACUCAACAAUUCUACCUUCUCGUCGUUAUUCGAUGAAACGGAACUCGCUGUCUUUCAACAAGCAGUUACUUCCAACGAAAUUGUAUUACCAAAUUUAUUGCUGCAAAAUGAUUGGGGCAUACCAUCUGUACCAUAUAUACAAAGUGCGAGAAUCGAAGUGUUCGAAUUGGAACAGAAAUUGAUAGAAUCAUACGAUUGUCACACGAUCCGCGAAACAUUGAUCCACUUGGAUGGAAAGAAACGUAUGAAACCAUUAUGGCAUGUGAAUAGCUGUUGGGAAUUGCCCAUACCAUUGCAGAGUGUAGUAAUGUCACUUCCCAGAGGUUUUAUUCAGGAUUACUCUUACGUCCUGCUCGCGAAGAGUCGAGAAUUAGUGACAUCCAAAAAUUUUGAUAGCGCUAUCGAGCUAUUAAAGAUGCUAGAUAAAGAGCUACAGGAAAAUAUGAAAAGUGGAGGCUCGCUGGUUUUCAAAUUGUGCAAGCUAGUAAGCUGGGAAUGCCUCCUUGUCGAGAUAUGGAAAUGUUUUAAUGCGUGGCCGGCGACAAAUGUCUGUGAUAUGCAAAGUAUGGUCGCACGAAGCAAACAGUGCCUUGGUGCGUUAGAAGCAUCCGAUCAGCUGAUUCCGCGGCAAGAAAUAAUAGAAUAUUGUGUUGUUUUUCUUUUAAACAUGGCUGAAUGGGAUUAUCUUACUAGUUUGGAAAAGCGUUGGAGUUACACUGAAUUUGCAGCUGCUAUCAGUGGUGUUUGCCAAGACAUUGUCAAAUACAAGGGAACUCGAAAAUUUUCCAGGGAUGCAUGGGAUAUGAUUUUAGUCGCAUUUGGUCCUAAUAGAGAUCAAUCACAGAAACGCAGUAACAGUGGAAGUUCUGGCAGUGCAUCAAGAGACAUCGCUGCUAGUAUCGCCGUUACGCUUACUCGACUACGAGAACCCAUGGUUCUUACUGUAGUAAUAUCAUUGUUGGCACGUUUGCGCAAUGUCUUACGCGAUGAGUCUAGUCUGGAAUUAUACACACAGUAUCUAUCGCUUUGGCCUGCUGGAGUACCAAAUGCAAAUUCAUACAAUAUCAGAUAUAUUGGAGAACUAUUAUUUCAACUAUUGACACAGGCUCUAAAGUAUUAUCCUUGCAAUGUACCUUGGUUGAGAUUAAUGGGUGAUCUCAAUUUCGUUCUAGCCUACUAUGAAAGCGCAAUGAAGUAUUACCUGGAAGCUAUUAUGGUAGCUAGUGAUUUAUUCAGUCAACCGACACCACGCACACAAAUAGACGAUCUUGUUUACAGAAGAAUGAUCAAAUGCUGCGCUCAUUUACAGUGUUACACCCAAGCGGUUGUACUGUGUCAAUUUUUAGAAGAAGUAGAUUACACUUUAGCGUUCAAAAUGGCAGGCAGCGAUCAAAAGAGCUGUGCUGCCGCUGACGCUAUGGACGCAUAUUAUCAUUGUAUCUGGGACACAACAAUACUCGAGUAUCUUAUAUAUUUACAUACAAAACGCGGAGAACAUCACAGAAAGCAACUCGCGAUUAAAGUCAUUGGACUAUUGGAAUUAAACUCUAACAACAAUGAAGAGAUCCAGAGAGAAGCGGCUAAUAUUCGGAAAGCUAAGUUUUUAAGGGCGUUAGCAAAGCAAUAUGUUUAUUAAAGAAAUAUUACAUAUAUUUAUAUGUUGGACGAAGAAUUUUGUAUAUUGCCAUACGAAUAUAAUGUUUUACUGUAUACUAUGUGUAAAUGUGUUAUGCUUUUAUUUAAAAAAU